AUGUCGUUGGCCACACCCACAGAACACAAAUGGAUCCUUGGUGACAAGUUCGACCAGGUAUAUCCUCAUCUGGAAGGCGUCCAAGCAUUGUGGGAGAAGAAAUGGGCAUUUCCUUGCUCGAAGUCCCUUUACCCCUUCCAUGAUGGCAAAUUUGAGGACUUCGAGCCCAUCUUCAAAGCUCUAAUAUCGAAAAACAUCAACUCAGGCUAUACGGAUGAGUACACUCGAGAGUUUGUCCCCACCGCAGAGCGUCUCGUGGGAGAGGCAGACGAAUUGGUUUCUUCGGAUAAAGAUGCUGCCUCUGCUCUCUACCUCCGGGCUUGCACAGUGUAUCGCAUUGCUCGAUUCCCAUACAUUAACUCGGAAUACAAGACAAAUAUCUAUGAGGCACAAAAGAAAGCAUAUAUCAAGGCUGCAAACUUAUGGGACUGUCCAAUCAAAGAUGUCACCAUCCCUCAUACAGCAGCAACAUCAGCAGACGACAAUCCCGUGCCACUUUACGUCCGUCUGCCAAAGGAUGCCUCCGAAUCGAAGCCUUGUCCUGCUGUCCUACUCAUGUGCGGACUAGAUGGACACAGACCGGACAACACAACUCGUAGCGAUGAAUUUUUGGGUCGUGGUUGGGCAUCUGUCAUUGUUGAUAUUCCUGGUACAGCAGAUUGUCCAGCCGACAGGAAAGAUCCCGAAGCUGCCGAGAGAUUGUGGACGAGCAUCCUGGACUGGAUGGCGAAGGAAGGCACAUUCGACAUGAAGCGUAUCAUCACCUGGGGAUUAAGUGCGGGAGGCUACAAUGCUGUCCGAGCAGCACAUACCCACUCAGACAGACUAGCUGGCGCUAUUGGCCAAGGUGCAGGAACUCACCACUUCUUCUCCCGCGAAUGGCUCGAAAAGGCACAAUGCAAAGAAUACCCGUGGAACGCUCUUCCUGCUCUGACCGAAAAAUUUGGCUACAAAGACCACGACGACUUCAUGGAUAAUGCUCAAGACACCUGGUCACUCGUCAAAACUGGUAUUGUGAAUAUGAAGAGUUGCCGACUAUUGCUCAUCAACGGCACAAUUGAUGGUUUGAUGCCAAUCGAAGAUUCGAUGCUGUUGAGCGAGUUUGGCUCGCCCAAGGAGAUGCGAUUCAUUAGCCAUCGCCUGCAUAUGGGAUACCCCGAGGCCAAUAGCUAUGUAUACCCUUGGAUGGAACAAGUCAUGGCAUCGGUACAAUGA